AUGAGUUUCGUCUACGAAGAGAAUUUCGAGCGUAGGCCUCUUCUUCUCGACGCUAACUCAGACUCAUACCAAUCAUUAGCAGAAGGUCAAAUGGGUCAAGAGAAGCAUGGCCAGAAAAUACAUACUGGCGAAGAGGUUCUACAGCUUAAUGCAUAUAAGUUGGAUAAAUCGAAAACGGUCCUUUACUACGCGCUGACUAUCUGCACAUUGGGCAUAUUUCGACUUCUUUUGCAUUGGAAGCCGAACUGGUACAUCAAGGUACGGGCAUCACGAUGUGCACAUGGAAUAGCUCAGUACGUCAACGUGAUUGACGAACACAAUGUAGAAGCAUUUCGUCCUAUUUGUCAUCAUACUUUGUCAUCAUGUGGAAUAGUACCUCAGAUUCCUAUGGGUAGUGGAACAAUGCAAAAAGUGGACAUUAUUCGAUACUUUACUUUUCGGAAAUUAAAGUAUAUUUGGCAACCUGAUACAGAGGAAUGGAUAUCACCAGCUGAUCUCGACGGACAAAUUCCCUUGAAAUAUUUUCAUUCUAUAUCUGAAUCGAAUAUUGGACUAUCUGAAGACGACGUUAUGUGUCGAAGGAUCACGUAUGGGACGAACUCAAUAAGUGUGAAGCUGAAGCCAAUUUUAGCUCUUCUCUUCAUAGAAGCGAUAUCACCCUUCUACAUUUUCCAAGUCUUUAGUGUUUCGAUAUGGUUCUCGGAUAAUUAUGAGUACUACGCUUCAAUCAUUGUUGUUAUGUCUGUGCUAUCUAUUGCGAUUGACGUCUACCAAACUAGAAGUCAAGAAAAGAAACUACGUUCAAUGGUCCAAUCGUCGAACGGAGUGGAUGUCAUGCGGGCGGAUGGAGUGAAAACUGUCAAUAGUGAAGAUCUGGUCCCUGGCGACAUGUUCCUAGUUCCUGCUCAUGGAUGCGUGAUGCAGUGCGAUGCAGUGCUCAUGAAUGGAACAGCAAUUGUCAACGAGAGUAUGCUGACAGGAGAAUCUGUCCCAAUUACAAAGGUAGCGUUAACUGGAAUUCACGACGGUGAUGAAGAUGAACGUUUUUCAUUUGAGAAACACUCGAAACAUAUACUGUACUGUGGUACGCAUGUACUACAAACAAGAUUCUAUCGAGGGAAGCAAGUAAAGGCGAUUGUUCUUAGAACCGCGUAUUCAACUUUAAAAGGACAACUCGUUAGAUCUAUUAUGUAUCCUAAGCCAAUUGACUUCAGAUUCACAAAAGAUCUGUUCAAGUUCGUCGCAUUUCUCUUUUUCAUCGCACUAUUCGGUUUUAUCUACACAAUCACUAUAAUGAUCCAAAUAGGUGAACCAAUUCGGAAAAUUAUUGUACGUUCACUGGAUAUCGUCACAAUUGUUGUCCCUCCAGCGUUACCAGCUGCAAUGUCUGUUGGUAUCAUUAACUCCAAUUUACGAUUGCGAAAGAAAGAGAUUUUCUGUAUAUCACCAUCAACAAUAAACACAUGUGGAGCUAUUAACGUGUGUUGUUUCGAUAAGACCGGCACUCUAACUGAAGAUGGUCUUGAUUUUCAAACCCUUCGUGCGGUUAACCCUGGAACUGAAGCAGUCCCACCAACGUUUACGGAGGAAAAAACAGAAAUGAAUCCGGAACAUCUUCCGUCUAACCGCGAGCUCAUUACUGCUAUUGCUACGUGUCAUUCCCUCACAAGGAUAAACGGCAAACUGCAUGGCGAUCCGUUGGAUUUGAUUCUUUUCAAUCAGACGGGGUGGGCACUGUUAGAAUCGAUUGAGGAUGAAACUGACAACGAAGUACAACUGUUCGAUAACAUUCAGCCUACUCUUGUACGACCACCUCCUGAAGUGACCGAGAAGUACGCUUUCAGCAAAGAAUAUAGCAUCAUUCGUCAGUUCACUUUCAGCUCUUCUCUUCAACGAAUGUCAGUGAUUGUGUCAAAUCCUCGCGACGAUUCUACUCAUGACAUGACGUUGUACUGUAAAGGAUCUCCAGAAAUGGUGUUAACUCUUUGCGAUCCAUCUACUGUACCUAAAGACUAUAUGGCACAAGUGGAUUUAUAUGCUCAACAUGGUUAUCGUCUAAUUUCUGUCGCAAAACGAAAACUAGGAAUGAACUACGUUAAAGCAUCGAAAAUUGCACGAAAUGUCGUUGAAGUCGACUUGACGCUUCUUGGACUUGUAGUGAUGGAGAACAGAGUGAAACCUGUUACCUUUGAAGUGAUCAAUCAGCUAAACAGGGCACAUAUUCGCACAAUAAUGGUGACAGGUGACAAUCUUUUGACGGCACAGAGUGUUGCUCGAGAGUGUGGAAUUAUCCAACCGAAUAAAUCCUCUUACCUUGUUGAGCAUUGCUCAGAUAUUGUCGGUUCGAAAGGUCGCCCACUCCUCACUUUAAGGCAGGCUGAUCCGAGCUCUAAAAAAACUAUUGGAGGUGAGUACGAAGACAGCUCGGAUGUAUCCGUGGAAACAGGGAAAAAACAUUAUUUUGAAAGCGCUUAUCAGUUGUCAAUUUCAGGCCCGACAUUUGCAAUUCUUACUCAUGAAUAUCCUGAACUUCUUGAGCCGUUGGUAGCAGUGUGCGAUGUGUUUGCAAGGAUGUCACCAGAUCAAAAACAACAACUUAUAAAUCAUUUGCAAGCUAUUGAUUACACUGUCGCAAUGUGUGGUGAUGGAGCGAACGACUGUGCUGCUUUAAAGGCCGCUCAUGCUGGUAUUUCUCUUUCGGAUGCAGAAGCUUCUAUAGCUGCCCCUUUCACAUCACGGACCGCAAACAUUCGCUGCGUUCCAGCAGUGAUUAGAGAAGGUCGUGCCGCUCUUGUUACAUCAUUUGGAGUUUUCAAAUACAUGGCAGGCUAUUCAUUAACUCAAUUUUCAUCGAUUAUGCUGUUGUAUUGGAUUUCCACUAAUCUGACUGACUUCCAGUUUCUUUAUAUCGACAUGUUUCUCAUCACGUUAGUUGCUUUGUUCUUUGGAAAUACUCCUGCCAGUGAUGCUUUGAGCCGUACACCACCUCCUACUCGACUACUUUCUCUAGCAAGUGUAACAUCCGUUUGUGGGCAACUUGUAGUCAUGGCCAUAACUCAGCUAUACGUUUUUAUAUCGAUAACAUGGCAGCCGUGGUUUAUACCGUACUCUAUACCGGUGGGUGAUGAACAAGAGGAUAAAAGAAGUAUGCAGGGUACCGCUUUGUUUUGCACAACAACAUUUCAAUAUAUUACUUUGGCGCUGAUCAACAGUAAAGGAGAGCCAUAUAGAAGGCCAAUCUUUUACAAUAUCCCACUAUGUAUUACGAUAUUUGUUGUCACUGUGUACGAUCCGAUUCCAUUCUUCGAGAAUCGCCUUUUCUUAGUGUUUGUUGCACUUAUCUGUGCAGUAAUAUCGUAUCUAUUUCAAACUACUGUUGUUGAAUUCUUGAUACUGGAACUAAGAGAAAAAUGGUUAAAACAUCGACGGAUACGGGAUCCUCAAGCGAAUCAUGAUAAGUUCGAAAGACUUCUCUUUGACAUCGGUCAGGAUCCUGCUUGGCUUCGCCCUUACACAACAAAUUCAAAAGAAGCUGAGAAUGGAAAGGAAAAGAGCAAUGCAAUCCGGGAUCAAACUACACGGAUUUAA